AUGGCCACCAGCGAUGGCGUCGCCGCAGCCUUGGCAGCGCCGAUCUUCAUGGUGGUGGGCUUCAUCUUUUGGGAGCAGCAUUGGAAAGGCAGCGCCCUCGAGCUCAACAUCUUCAAAUGUAGCCUUGCUUCUCUUCUUUGUGCCGGGACCAUCGCCGUCAGCACCGGCCUGGCGCAUCUGGCAGAGGCAAGUGGCAUGGCCCUGAACAUGCUUGUGGUCUCUUCAUUGAUUGGCAUUGUCGUGGGGGACCUUACUUGGUUGAUGGCUCUCCAGCGCAUCGGCGCACGACGGGUCAUUGUAGUGGAUUGCUUGGCACCAUUCAUUGGUGCCGUGCUUGGACGGAUCUUUUUGGAUGAGCGUAUCGCGAGUCUCGGAUAUGCGGGCAUGCUAACAACAGUCGUUGGAGUUUGUCUCUGCGCGCUGGAGAAAGAAGCAGACAACGAAGAUGGCACCGACAGAAGUGCUGUACCAGAUCGGGAUGUGCUGUUCUCCGGCUACAUGCUUGCAUUUGUGAAUGUGUUCUUUGAUGCCAUGGGAGCCUUUCUCACAAAGAAGUGGGGUGGUCCUCCCUUGGAUGCCUUGGACAUCACUGUGAUUCGUUUCGGUGCCGCCGCAGUCAUUCUGCUAGCAGUCUACUUGGUCAUGAAGGUGCCGGGAAUGAUAUCAAAGCAGGAGUCUUUGGAGGAUGCUUUUCUGCUAUACGAUGAAACGAAACCACUCUUGGAACCUGGAAAGAAGGAAGGGCUGGUACCAGCAUCUUUACUCGGUAUGACACGGCGCGAGUGGUUGCUGGUGACCAUGGGCGUGCUCCUGGUGACGUGCUGCAAUCCUGUCCUCUACAACUACGCCCUGUUUCAGAUUCCGCUGGCCUUCGCAAUUACCCUCGCAAGUUUCGGACCCAUCUAUGCAAUUCCUCUAGUCUACCUGAUGAAAGGAGAAGCAGUCACGGCACGGUCGGCGACAGGGGCUCUCAUGGCAGUUGCCGGCGUGGUCAUGUUGGCCCAGGCGUGA